AUGCCAAGAGAUACAGAAGAGCAAGAAGUAGAAAAAGAGAAAAUAAGUAAGUCCUAUAUUAUGGUUGUUCAUAAAGAAUUGGACCUAAAGAGGUCUGAGUUUGGGUACACUCUUAUUGGACAAAAUCUAAGAUUUGAUAUACGUAACUACAGCGGAAAUAGUGAGGACUUGGAGGAGGAGGAGGAGAAAAAGCAGAAAAGAGCUGUAACAGAAGGUGUGCUUGUGUGCAUUGCAUUUGUAUUUGCAUUUGUAUCUGUAUUUGUACUUGCAUUUGCAUUUGUCUUUGUAUAUUUUUGUAGGCGCAAUUCUACAGGAUCCUGUGAAAACUAUUGGUUACGAUAA